AUGUUCGUCAGGAAGCGUGAUGGCCGCCAGGAGCGCGUGCAAUUCGACAAGAUCACUGCGCGAGUAUCGCGUUUGUGUUACGGCUUAGAUACAGAUCACAUUGAUCCAGUAGCCAUCACCCAGAAGGUUAUUUCGGGUGUUUAUGGUGGUGUCACUACUGUUCAGCUAGACGACCUCUUGGGCCCCCAGGCUGCUGAAACCGCGGCUUACAUGACUGUCACCCAUCCCGACUAUGCGAUCCUCGCCGCUCGUAUUGCGAAUGGUACCCCAUCUCCGAUGAUUGCCAAAGAAACAUACGAGUGCGUGAUGCGCCACAAGGAGGAACUCGACUCGGCUAUCGUGUACGACCGAGACUUCAAUUAUCAAUAUUUUGGCUUCAAAACACUGGAGCGCUCCUAUCUCCUUAAGCUUGAUGGACAGAUUGUCGAACGGCCACAACACAUGAUUAUGCGCGUUUCCGUUGGAAUUUGGGGCGACAAUGUCGAGCGCGUUAUCGAGACGUACAAUCUCAUGUCUGCCAAAUUCUUUACGCAUGCCUCCCCAACUCUGUUUAAUGCCGGUACGCCCCAGGCUCAGCUAUCGUCUUGCUUCCUUGUUGAUAUGAAAGAUGAUAGCAUUGAGGGAAUUUAUGAUACCCUCAAGACCUGCGCUAUGAUUUCAAAAAUGGCUGGCGGAAUCGGCUUGAAUAUCCACCGUAUACGGGCAACCGGCUCUUAUAUCGCUGGGACUAAUGGAACAUCCAACGGUGUCAUCCCUAUGCUCCGUGUCUUCAACAAUACGGCCCGAUACGUCGAUCAAGGCGGAAACAAACGACCAGGCGCAUUUGCCAUCUAUCUCGAGCCAUGGCAUGCAGAUGUCUUUGAGUUUCUAGAUCUGCGAAAGAACCACGGCAAAGAGGAGAUUCGAGCUCGAGAUCUAUUCCUCGCCCUUUGGAUUCCGGAUCUUUUAUGA